GGAGAAGAGGGGCAGGCUCGCGCUCUCACGGCACAUCUCCGCUGUUGUCGCUGGUCGACCGACGGCUCUCUGCAGGUGAAGGCUCGUGCUGAUCCCACACUUCCGGUCCGUGCAGCUGUUUUCCACGCGAACAUGAAGCCCGCACACCUGCAUCGCGCACCCAGAGUGCUGUUAUUGACACACGUUCUGGCUGCCCUGGUCACAGCAGCUCUUGGCCAGUCUGACGGCACCAGUGUGGUGGUGGCCAUGUACAACAUGAGCGCCCCCUCUGGCGGGGAGGCGCUACUGCAGUGCCACAGCCAGCGCAUGGUGUGGACGCAGGACCGCGUGAAGGACCGGCAGCGCGUGGUCCAUUGGGACCUGUUCCGCACGGCACCGGACUACGCCAUGGAGCGCGUUCUAGACAUGUUCUCCGCAGGGGACCAGCGCAUCUACAACGCCUACAACAAGAACCGCAUCAGCAUGCCCAAGAGCGCCUUCACAGACGGAAACUUCUCCCUGGUCAUCAAGGAUGUUGUCCAAAGUGAUAAAGGGCUCUACAGUUGCAACCUGCAUCAUCACUACUGCCAUUUGUAUGAGUCCAUUAAAGUCCAGCUCAACGUCACCAAAGUAGCGCGUAAGGAGCGUAAGUUCUGGGACGGGGAGAAGGCGGUGUUUGUGGUUCUGCUGGGUUCCACGGUGGUUCUGCCGUGCGUGAACCGGCGCAGCAUCUGGACGGACGGCGGCGGUGAGGAGCAGCAGCAGGUGGUGCACUGGGACCGGCAGGCUCCCGGCGUCCGACACGACCGCGCCGACCGCCUCGUGGACCUCUACGCGUCCGGCGAGAGACGCCUCUACGGCCCGCACUUCCUACGCCAACGCAUGAACAUCACGAACGACGCCUUCGCACACGGAGACUUCUCCCUCAGGGUGGCCCAGCUGACCGCUGCUGACCAGGGCCUGUACUCCUGCCACCUGCACCACCACUACUGCGGCCUGCACGAGAGACGCAUCUUCAGACUGACCGUCACACCGGCGCUGCCCACACACACACACACACACACACACACUCCUGCUCCUGCUCCUGCUCCUGCUCCUGUUCCUGCUCAGCCUAGUAGCCCGCCACAAGCCCUGCCCAACGAGGACCCCAACUCGGGCGUGGUGGAGGGUCCGCGGGUCAUCAACGUGAUCCUGCCGGACCAGCGAGGUCACUUCCUGCAGCAGCUGGGCUACAUCCUGGCCACGCUCCUCCUCCUCGCCCUCGUGCUGCUCGCCAUCGUGCUGCUCACACGCCGCCGCAAGGGCACAGUUCUGGAGUAUGACCCUCGCAAGAUGGAGAAAAGUCACGCGACCACUAUUGACCUUGAGAUGGUUGCCACGGAAAUGAAGAGCAAUCAGGAUGAGCCGAAACUUGACUACAAAAACAACCUGCUGAAGGAGAAAGCAGAACUGACCAAAAUGUGCUCCCCAAAGGCCAUUGACCUGGACAAAGAGAUGGCGAAGUGCUCGUACUGAGCGCUGGGUGGAGCGUCCUGCUGGCUGGCCCAGGGGCAGGUGCACGGAGCGAUGGAUACAGCAGAGGAGGAGGAGAAGAAGAGCGGAGGAGAGGAGCGGGGGAUGAAGUGGAGGGGAGGAGAAGGGGAGGAAGAGGUAGAGGAGCGGUGCAGGAGAGGAGAGGAGGAUGAGGAGGAGGAGAGUGAAGGGUCUCUUAUCUCUGCUGGGGUUUGUGGGUUGAUCUCUUCUUCAUGGCCUCCCUGCAGAGGGCCGGUGUCUGGGAGUGCUGUACUGUCCGCUACUUUGCUGCGCUGCCCCUAGUGGCCUGGAGUCUCUGCAGCCUGUCCUCUGAGGCUGAGGCUACCUCACUGCUGUACCAAGCACCUGAAAACGCUAGCAGAAACCAGCUAGCAGCGGAGUUAGCCACCAUCUCUAAUCCAUAACUCAUACUGACCCCAUAGUUAAGACUGAACAUGCUUUACACACAACCUAUAUAUUUAAUACAGAACCCCUUAGCUGUUAGUGUUAACGGUAAAUAGUGUAGAAAUGCCUCUAUGCUCUUAGCUAACGCUAAACAUAUUUCAUUAAGAACCCCUUCUACACUCUUAGCUAACGCUAAACAUAUUUAAUGUGCCGGUAUGUCCCCUUAGCCAUCAAUGUCAACAAACUCAAUUCAAAAUCAUUCGAAAGCUAAACAAAUGUAAUACCAACCUGUUAUCUAUCAGCGCUUACACACAACCUAUCUCAUACCAAGCCCAUCUGUUCCUGCUUAAUUCUCAAUGACUUCAGGGGCCUUCAGCCCUUAGCUAUCCCUUAUCCAGUCCUCUCCUUUUAAAAGGCUUCUGGUGUAGUCAGAUUACUCAGUGCAAUCAAACGCUUUGCUAAAUGAGCGUUUCAUCUACCUGGAAAUAUCUGGUGGUGUUUGUGAAUAUUAAAGAUGUAUUUGCACACGUGCUCUAUUUAUUAUGGCCUCAUGUACUGUAUCAGUGGCCACAUAGUUGAUCUUGUCAGAUGCAAUGCUGAAGUAGACUCUCACAUUUGAAUAGUUUUAAAAAACAACCUCAGCACAGACAAGCAGGAGGCCAUAUGCUUUGUUUUCCAUUAUAGAAUAUGUCUGAAAACAUACUGUAACUGUAAAUCCAACAUUACGUCACUUUCUACAUAGCCUGGCUGGUGUGUGUGUGUGCUUUCUACAUAGCCUAGCUUGUGUGUGUGUGUGUGUGUGUUUUCUACAUAGCCUAGCUUCUGUGUGUGUGUGUGUGUGUGUGCGUGUGCUUUCUACACAGCCUAGCUUGUGCAACUGUAGGCGUUAAGACGCAUUCAAAGCGAGUGAUUUUGACCAGGGCCCCACCAGGUGCCUUCAGUAGUUUAGCAGCAUCCCUACACCACUCUAGCAGUAGCAGUACGUUCUAAACAUGUUCUCCUCUCUAGUAGUAGCAGUAUGUUCUAAACACGUUCUCCACUCUAGCAGUAGCAGUACGUUCUAAACGUGUUCUAAACAUGUUCUCCACUCUAGCAGUAUGUUCUAAAGGUGUUCUUCACUCUAGCAGUAUGUUCUAAUCAUGUUCUCUCUAGCAGUACAUUCUAAACAUGUUCUCCACUCUAGCAGUACGUUCUAAACAUGUUCUCCAUUCUAGCAGUAUGUUCUAAAUGUGUUCUAAACAUGUUCUUCACUCUAGCAGUACGUUCUAAACGUGUUCUAAACAUGUUCUCCGAUCUAGCAGUAUGUUCUUCAUGCAGUACGUUCUAAAUGUGUUCUUCACUCUAGCAGUACACUCUAGCAGUACGUUCUAAAUGUGUUCUUCACUCUAGCAGUAUGUUCUCCAUGUUCUCCACUCUAGCAGUACGUUCUAAACGUGUUCUCCACUCUAGCAGUACGUUCUAAACGUGUUCUUCACUUUAGCAGUAUUUUCUCCAUGUUCUCCACUCUAGCAGUACGUUCUAAGCGUGUUCUUCACUCUAGCAGUAUGUUCUCCAUGUUCUCCACUCUAGCAGUACGUUCUAA